CCCAACAAUCGCAGAUGUUCCCCUCCCAUACCAUAUUCCUCGUUUUACGAAACAACAAAUCUUCGAUCAUUGUCAUUACAUGAAUGACUGUAUAAUAGCUCUCAUUGUCGCGCGUUAUUAUCCCGUGCCAUUCCGCUUACUUUGCGCCCAUUAGGAAAAAUAACUAAAAUAGAAAUCUCGCUGUCAUUAUAAGAAUUAUCAAUGAAGAAUCCGCCGUUCUCUGAAUUUAUCGCUGCAAUUGGGUAAAGCCCAGCGAAACGGAGGUGCUAUACGUCACAGAUCAAAGAUGACUGUACUCUGCAGAUAUCUAGGCGCCUGUUUACGACUCGCAAUCAGUACUGACGGUGUUACCGCGCUGAGAGGAGCUCCUCAGCCUCCUCGUGGCAAAUUCAACAUCUGAAUAUGUUCGGAUCGCUCAAUAAAAGUGUUUACAUCUUCAUAAUUCUUGGAAUUGUUUUGAGGUCGAGUGAAGCUGAUACGCCUGUCAGAGGUUCAUCGAACUCGUGUAGAUUGGAUCAAUUUCAAUGUGCAAACGGCGAAUGCAUAACCAGUCACUUUCUCUGCGAUGGAAAAGCAGAAUGCACAGACGGCAGUGAUGAGACUGCCUUGCAAUGCUUGAGGCCUGAAAUUACGUGCCCUGAGUAUGCGUUUCGAUGCAGCUACGGUGCCUGCGUCGAUGGUGACGCUAAAUGCAAUAAGAAAGACGAUUGCGUCGACAGGAGUGAUGAGACAUUGCCGGAAUGUACAGGUGCUAGUUUGACUACAACAACUAGUCGUCCUGAGUGCUCUGCCAAUCAGUUCCGUUGUGGAACCGGCCAGUGUAUCGUCGGAACUUCUGUCUGUGAUGGGUCUCCAGACUGCGCUGAUAGGUCUGAUGAGACUUUCACUACAUGUGGAUCGAAUCAAUGCCUGCCAGAGACCUUCAAAUGUGCCUACGGAGCUUGCAUAGAUGGAGAUAAAAAAUGUGACGGCGUGAGGAACUGUGCGGAUGGUUCAGACGAGGGAGAGGCCGCAUGUAGAGGCGUGCAACCCCCCGGACCGCCAGGGAGAGAAACAACCACGUGGAGACCAUACCCACCGACUCCAAAACCCUGGACCCCGAGCCCUCAGGCUGUCUGUCCACCGCCCCCAGGGGUUCAGAAUGGCUACUGGAAGUUGCACUCGUCCCAGUGCCCGAACAAGAAUGACCACUGCGAACCUAGAGCGGGGAUGGACAUGUUCCCAGGAACACAAUUGACAUAUUUUUGUAAUAAUGGGUAUCAGUUAACGGACGGGGCGGAUGUCUACUGCACCAGUGGGGGAAGAUGGUCGGAUAUUCCCCGAUGCGAAGAAAUUCGAUGCAGAGUCCUUGACACACCAUCGACGAAAGCAGAUUGCAGUCUUAAUGGUCAAUGGAGAUCUUGUGCGAUACCAGUGCUGCCAGGAACUCAAGCAGAUUUAUCUUGUCGCAGCGCUUAUCGUCGGGAGGAGUCAAUCUUUCAACGAAAUCAUGUCACGUGUAAUUCACAAGGGCUGUGGGAACCAGAGCCAAUACAGUGCAUUCCAGUGUGUGGACUUAAACCAUCAAAGUUCGUGAAACCCCUGAUAGUGGAUGGAUGGAUGCCGAAUAUAACCGACUUUCCCUGGCACGCGACGCUGUACGAGACAAAUUCUGAGAACUCUGUAAAAAAAUUCAUCUGUGGAGCCACAGUAAUCACAGAGAAUUUAUUAAUAACCGCUGCUCAUUGUAUAUUCGAUGAAGGGACUAAAAAGUCGAAGAAACCCGAAAAGUUUUUAAUUUCUGUUGGAAAUAUCUACAGGGACUAUGACUACACGGACUAUCCCCCACAACUAGAAGUCAGAAAAGCAAAAGUAACAAACAUCUACAUGAACUGUGAUUAUCAAGGAUACAAGGGUAACCACAACCAAGACAUUGCGAUUCUUCGAGUAGAGCCUUCCCUCGAUUUCAAAUCUUACUUGGUGCCAAUAUGUCUCGAUACGACAGCAAGAACUCUCGCCAUUGAUAUAGGUACACUUGGACAAGUAGCCGGAUUUGGUAGAACAGCAACAGGAUCCUCCAGCUCGAUAAUUCGGGCACUAUCAGUGCCAGUGGUGCCUAAGAACAAAUGCAUUGAACAGGCUAACGAGGUGAAUGGCGGAAAUUUCAUUACUCCGGAUAAAUUCUGCGCUGGAUAUACAAACGGAUCAUCUGUAUGUAACGGAGACAGUGGAGGUGGAUUGACAUUCGAAACAAACAGAUUGUCGUACCUUCGUGGUAUUGUGAGUAGUGGAAUUGGGGUAAAUGAUACUGAAGCUGAGCCAAUCUGUGAUAAUAAUCGAUACGCCAUAUACACAGAAGUUGCAUUCCACAUAUCAUGGAUACAGGACAUAAUGUUCAAGGUAACACGUGGACAACCGAUUCCAGAGUGUUUAACACCCAAGUAGAAUGUGAAGAAGCAAUUUCUCCAAAUUCUGCAACGACUGAUUUGUGAUACCACGAAAUUUCUUCCAAAAACUCCCCAUUAUAUUUUCACAUCGUUGAUCAUCAGGCAGAGUUAAAUACAUAAAAACAUGAAUCGAUACUCACUGAGUUAAGUUAAACGUCGAUUAAUAAAAAAAUUUAUCUUAAAUAA